AUGCCUACGUGGGUCAUAACUGGGGCAAACCGGGGUCUAGGCUUGGAGUUUGUGCGACAGCUCGUCGCCAGCAAAGAAGACAAUACCGUCCUCGCGCUCGUCCGCUCGCUCAGCAAGACCGACCUGAGUGGCCUCAAUGCCAUCAAGAACGAUAACGUCCACAUCCACGAAUGCGAGACCUCGGACGAAGCCUCCAUCACAGCCUUCGCUGAGUCGCUGAAGACUUCCUCCAGCCAUCCACAGAUCAAUUUUCUCAUCAACAAUGCCGCCAUCAAUGCAGUCUCGCAGAAGACUGCGCUCACCUUGACUGGCCCAGAGAUGCAUAAUCACCUGGACGUCAACGUGCUUGGACCCGCGCUGCUUAUACAAAAGCUCAUGCCGCUUCUCGCACCUGGCGCUGUGAUCUUGAACAUGACCAGCGGGCUCGGAUCAUUUGGACGGGCGCUUUUUGGCGGCGCGACGGUAUACAGCGCCAGCAAGGCAAUGUUGAACAUGGUUUCGGUCCAUUUGGCGGUUGAGAAGGCGGUGGUGGAAAAGAAGAUAAGGGUGUUGAUCAUGGAUCCUGGGCAUGUUAAGACGGAUAUGGGUGGACCGAGGGCGGUGUUGGAGCAGGAGGAGAGUAUUGGGGGAAUGUUGAAGGUGAUUCUGGAGGAGGCGGAGGGGAAGGGUAAGGGAGAUGUAGGCAAGGCGGUGUUUCGGCAGUAUGACGGGAAGGUCGUGCCUUGGUAG